GUCAGAUUGACAGUGACAGAUUAUUUCACGUGUUUUGGUGUAUAAUUUUAAUUUGUUUUUGUAAUCGUCUUCUUUUGUAUUUAAAACAAUAAUUAAUAACCUAUUAAAACAUAUAUUAGUUAAAAAUGCCAAAAAUUAAGGUCGAGAAAAAAUCUAGAAUACAUAAUGAAAUUGCAAAGCAAGGUAUUCAGUUCAAUAAAGAUUUUGGCCAACAUAUAUUGAAGAAUCCUCUUAUUAUAACAGGAAUGUUAGAUAAAGCUGGAUUAAGACCAACAGACGUUGCUCUUGAAAUUGGGCCUGGUACUGGUAACAUGACUAUAAAAAUGCUUGACAGAGUUAAAAAAGUUAUUGCCUGUGAAAUAGAUACAAGACUAGUUGCUGAACUUCAAAAGCGUGUCCAGGGCACACCAUACCAAGCUAAACUUCAUAUAUUAGUUGGUGAUGUUUUGAAAACAGAAUUGCCAUUUUUUGAUAUUUGUGUAGCCAAUAUCCCAUAUCAAAUCAGUUCUCCUUUAGUUUUCAAGUUGCUACUGCACCGGCCAUUCUUCAGAUGUGCUAUUUUAAUGUUCCAAAAGGAGUUUGCUCAGAGAUUGGUUGCGAAGCCAGGUGAUAAAUUAUAUUGUAGAUUGUCAAUAAACACCCAGUUGCUGGCUAGAGUGGAUAUGCUAAUGAAGGUGGGAAAGAAUAAUUUUAGACCCCCACCAAAAGUUGAAUCAAGUGUGGUGAGAAUAGAACCUAGGAAUCCACCGCCUCCAAUAAACUUUGUAGAGUGGGAUGGUCUCACAAGGAUAGCCUUUGUGAGGAAAAACAAAACAUUGUCUGCUGCUUUUAAACACAACACUACCAUGGCUGCUCUUGAAAAGAAUUAUAGAGUUCAUUGCUCAUUAAACAAUAAGGAAAUAUCAGAGGAUUUUGACAUAAAAGAAAAGGUGCAACAAAUUUUAACUGAAGCUGAAUGUGACCAGAUGAGGGCAAGAACAAUGGACAUUGAUGAUUUCAUGAAAUUGUUACAUGCAUUUAAUUCAGAAGGAAUACACUUUGCUUAAAAUAA